AUACUUCUGGUGGUCAGUAGUAACCAACACUUUCCAAAUGGAUAUCACUGAAACUAAGCAAAUUCUCACUCUAUUAAAAGCUCAACACUCUCACUCUCACUCAAAAGGCUUCUGCAAUGGCUCAUUUAGCAAACUUAAAUGGUAUUUCUGAGACCCUACCAGCCAUUCCAAAGCUUCCCAGAUUUCAAAAACCCCAAAAGGGAGCUAAAAUAAUUAGUUUUUCAGGCAACAAAACAGAAAACUUGCAAGAACAACCAGUACAAACUACAAGAAGAGUGGCAUUAGGCCUUGCUUCUAUAGCACUUACUGCAACUUCUACUAGCAGUGGAGUCUCUCUUGCUGAAGACAAUGGUUUCUGGAUCACUGGCCCUUUACCUAUUCCUCCAAUAUACAACAAUAUUGCUAAUGAGAAAACUGGCACACGUUCUUUUCUAAAGAAAGGAAUCUAUAUGGCAAAUAUUGGAGUCAAAGGUAGCAUGUAUAGGCUAAAGAAAUAUGCAUUUGAUCUCCUGGCAAUGGCGGAUUUGGUUACACCUGAUACACUUAACUAUGUGAGGAAGUAUUUGAGACUCAAAUCCACUUUCAUGUACUAUGAUUUUGACAAAGUUAUCUCGGCAGCGUCAGUGAGUGAUAAGCAGCCUCUUACUGAUUUGGCCAACAGAUUGUUUGACAAUUUUGAGAAGCUUGAAGAUGCUGCGAGGACGAAGAACUUCCCGCAGACAGAAUCUUAUUAUGCAUCCACAACUGCUAUUCUUCAAGAGGUUAUGGAUCGUAUGGGAUAAAUCAGCAGAAUCUACUGUUCGUAUGUGGACAAAAAUCAGUCUGGUUCAGGUGAUAGCAAUGAAUCUGAUCAUUGCGGGAUCAACUUAGAUUUUGUUCCCAAAUAUUUUUCUUUGUUUGCUGUGCUUCUUAAUUUGUGCUGUGAUUUUGAUUACAAUUUACAGUUAAAGAUAUGAAGUUAUGAACCAUUUUGAUAAGGCAAGAUAGAAGAAAC